CGGUCAUGAAGAGGAUGCAGGUAUGCGCUCAGCAUGGCAUCCUAUAAGCAUCAUUGACAUUGAGUCAUUCCCGUAAAUGCGACUAAUUCAUCACUAAAAUGUCGUCUGUCUCUCAGAAGAGGAUUUCCUGAUUCUCCGUGUAAUAAAACAUCCAAAAUUUCGAAAUGGAAUUAGACAAUUCCGGCAACGGAGAGCUUCGACUUUCCGAUUUCGGCGUCGUGCCGGUAGACCACGGCAUCGAGCCUCAAAAUCCCUUCACACACGACGUCGACGAAUACUGAUAAACGCCCGCGAUCGCACCGCGCGAGUUGGCGAUGACGGAAGCCAUGGGUAUCAUCCCGAGUGGCACGAACGAAUAUUCAACGAUGAAGUCGCCGCUUCGUGGCAAGCAGAACUCAAUAAGCUCAUGGGGAAGAAGCCAUGGGCUCAGUGACUUCAGGAACUUCGUGACAAAGCUACGAGUCGUCGAUGCGGGUAGCUGUGCUUACAGGUCAGAUGAACGUGUGCCUGAAUCUGUCGUAAAUGGGGUAUUUAGGGACUUGAGUUCGCUUUGUGCUCAAUGGCCAUUUUUCAGGGAGAUAAGCCACGUCGUAGAGUCCCACAUGUACCCACUUGUACGCGGAGAAAGCUACGUCCGGGAACAUGGAGGCGGAGUCGAUCUCGAAUAUUUUACUCCGGAUAAUGUAGUCGAGUAUCAGCAGCGAAGCGCUCAUACAAGUGGAAUAGAAAACAUCGCGUUUCAAAGCCAAUCUCAUAGGCCCCGUCUCGCCUUCACUCAUAAAAUGUUGCUUCACAGCAGGGAGGGCAAGAGGAAAACAUGCCAUUGUAUCCAUACCAGCGUCUCCCUUUUGACAUCGAAUUUGCAGAAGAUGGCACGAACAUACGAGGAAUGUCAAAUAUCAACAGUCUGCAUCCAGCGUACAUACCCACCUACAGAAACAUUGAGAAGCUCAUAUCGGCCAGUAUACUUCCUUGGAACGAGUGUCUGGUGAGAAGCCUCGCCAAACCCGUACAGGAAGUCAUUAUAACGCCAAAUGGAAUCUGUAUAGUGGUCAAACUCAACGAGGCCGCAUUCCAUUGAUGGUCGUGACGUUGAGAGCCUCGUGGAAGAUUGAAGAUCCAUGGAGUCGUACUUGGAAAGUCAGACAUCUAUCAGAACACCUAGGAACCUAUGCUUUCGCGAAGGAGGUCGCAAAGACCAAGCCGCGCAGCAAAAUCAACGUAAAUCACC